AUGGAUUAUGCAGAACUCUUCGCAAAAUUCCCAGUGGACAUCUGUGGAGAACUGGCAGAUCUAUGGAUAAAACUGCUUGAACCCAAGGUCGAUUAUUCCGGUCAAAAAUCCCCAUGGUUUCCAGAAGAUCUCACUCUAAUGAAGCCACAGCGGAUGUUGAAGCAAGAAGUGACGUCAUAUGGCUCACAGUAUGCAGCACAGGAUGCAGCCACUCAGAUUAUUGGCGUGGACCCAAAGUCAUCGGGUGUUGUAUUUGACUUGACAUUUGAUUUUGCCGUUGAAUGGAAGACAUAUUCCUCCGGAGGUGGUUCACUUCACGCUGCGACUACUCCUUGUGCGCUUCACAACGGACAGAUCGUUCCUCGAGAGGGCAUGAUUCCUAGCGUGCUUCAAACCCCGUUAGUCGGUCAGGAAGUCCAAAAGGACAACCGAAUCGGUAUCCUUAAGAUUGUGGUCGCAAACGAGUAA